AUGUCCACUGAGAAGCACGACGAUAUCAUUGAACCGAGGCGGAGUGGCAGCCGUGGGAGUGUGUCGAUUGGCAAGGUCGAGCAUGAGAAUGAUGGCGAGAUUUUCAGAAAGGGAGAGGGGAUAGAGGAUUUCAGGACGGUUCAUUGGAUCCACACGUCUGUCAUUUUUCUGAAGCUCAUCUUCGCGACUGGUGUCCUCACUAUCCCGUCGGCCAUGUACACACUGGGAGCCUUCCCUGGCGCCGUCAACGUGCUCGGCUGGCAAUUUCUCAACACAUACUGCGCCUUGGUCCAAGGGCAAUUUCGCAAUAACCACGCUGGCUGCCACUCCAUCGCCGACAUGGGCUUCGUCGUGGGCGGGAAGAUCGUCAAAGAGCUCUCAGGAAUCCUAUUCCUCGUGGCUUUCAUCAUCGUCGCAGCCUCUGGUAUUGUUGGUGUAUCGACGGCACUCAACGCUUUAUCAGAACACGCGCUGUGCACAAACUACUUUUCCAUUGUGGCAGCGCUCAUGGUUGGGCUGUUUGCCAGCGUACGCAAGUUUGAGAAACUCGCCUGGGUCACCUGGGUCGGAUUCAUCUCCGUUUUCGUCGCGGUCUUCAUCGUCGUUGUCGGCGUUACUACACUUGACCGCCCUGCUGCUGCUCCUCAAGAAGGCCCGUAUGACUUUGGCUACCAUGUCAUCUCCCAUCCAACUUUUGCGGCAGGGAUUACUGCUGCAGCCUCGAUCUUUGCUUCUGGAGCUGGAACCUCUGCCUUCCUGCCUGUCAUGUCGGAGAUGCGGAACCCAAGAGAGUACGCAAAGGCUGUAAACUGGUGCAUGGGCCUCGUUACCGCUGCCUACCUCACCUUCAGUCUGGUGGUGUACAAAUGGUGCGGCAAGUGGGUUGCCUCCCCUUCGCUGGGCAGCGCUGGGCCAACGGUAAAAAAGAUUGCCUAUGGAGUGGGGAUCAUCGGCCUCUGUGUCAGUGGUUCGCUCUACGUACACGUCAGUGCAAAGUACGUGUUUGUGAGAAUCUUGAGGAACUCGAGACAUCUCCAGGCCAACACCAUCGUUCACUGGGGCGCCUGGAUGAGCUGCGUUACCGCCAUGACAGUCAUCAGUUUCUUGAUUGCCUCAGGCGUACCCAUCUUCAACUAUCUGCUGAGUCUAGCAGGUAGCAUUGCUUUCGCUCCACUGGCACUCAGUCUUCCUGGUUGGCUCUGGAUCUAUGACCAUGCUGACUACUGGAGGGGGAACUGGUGGCACAAGAUCCUGUAUGCAUUGCACGUUAUUCUGAUCCUGAUCGGAUUGUUUCUGGCCAUCGGUGGCACCUAUGGUGUUAUUGUUCAGAUCAUGGAUGCUUAUAGGGAUGGCACGAUCACCUCUGCUUUCUCAUGCGAUGAUAACAGUAACUCAUCAUAG